AUGUCCAAGUUGCACUCCAGGCCCAAGGAGAGCAGCUUUCUCCACCCCGAACACGUAGACGGGCGCGGGCCCCGCGCGGCAGGUGAAGGUGCUGCGGGGACCCCGCCGCCCGGCCCGCGCCCAGACCCCUGCCCCGCCGCCACCUGGGGAGAAGGACCCCGCUGGCCUCCCGGGAACCGCCACCCUGGCGGCACACGGAGCCUCCGCCGGCCAGAGCAGCCCGAGCUGGGGGAGGGGGCGCCCCGCGGGGAGCGGGGGAGGGGAGGGCCGGCCCCGCCAACGUCCGCGACCUGGGCGCAGGUCGGCCGCCCCUCCCCCGCUGUGCGGCCACGGCCCGGGGGGGCCCCACCGAAGCCCAGGGAGGAGGCGGGGGAGCCCAGCUUGCGGCCAGGAACGGCCCAGCGGCGCCACGGGACUUGGGAAAGUUUGUGCGCGCUCCUUCGCGCCACGGCCACGCGCAGAGAAGACUCAGAGCCGGCCCCGGGCCCGGCCCGGCACCGCCACGCGCGGUUUAAGGGGAGUCGAGCAAUCUGUAGAGACGUCAGUCUGAACCUCUGGAGCAAAGUCGCAGCUAGGGUAUCAGAGCCCAAGUGGAGUCAGGAAGAUGUUCACGGUGGGUGGAGGAGCAGGACGACAACCGCUGGAGGAGCAGGACGACAGCCGCUGAGCGAGGCAGUGGGCAUCUGA